UAUAGUAGGAAAGAGUCGCUGUGUGGUAAGAAGUUUGCUUCCCAACCGCGUGGUUCCAGGUUCAGUCUCACUAUGUGGCACCUUGGGCAAGUGACUUAAGCCUAGGGCUGACCAAAGCCUUGUGAGUGGAUUGGGUAGGCAGAAACUAUAUGAAGCCCGUCGUAUAUGUGUGAGUGUGAGUGUCUAUGUAUCUUUGUUCACCCCACACACACACACACCAACCGGUGUUGGUGUGUUUACGUCCUCGUAACUUAGUGGUUCGGCAAUAGAUACCGAUAGAAUAAGUACCAAGCUUUAAAAAAAAGGGGUCGACUCGUUAAACUAAGAAUCCAAGGCGGUACCCCCAGCAUGGCUGCAGUAUAAUGCCUGAAACAUGUAAAAGAGAAACACAUAUACGCGCGCGCGCGCACAUACAUACAUACACUUACAUAUACACACAGACAAGCACAAACACACACACACACGCACACAAACGCGCACACGUACCUCUGGUAACGUUUACACAAAGAGCCAUUGAGGUCAUCAAUUACGUGUGUGAGGACCAUGAAGGGCCGCUUGUGUCGUUCAGUAAUCAAUUAUGGCGGAAAGGCGCCGGGCAGCACCUGUCUCAGACAACGAAGUAUCACCGGAGAGUCUUCGCACUUACAAAUCCAAAAGACAUGCUAAUACCAAAGAGAAAAGCUUCUUCGAUACCCACUUGAAAAGGAAAUUCUUAUUAGGGGUCCUCAUCGUUUCUCUGUUGUUGUUUUUCUGUUUCGUAUUAUGGAAUACCUUUUUUUCAGACUUAGAUCAGGACUCGGACGGCGUAAAACGUUCGUCCAGCUCCCAUUCUCAACCUCUUAAUUACAGGACUGGUUCCGGUAAUUUAAAAGGGUUUCGGGAUAUUAAAGACCAGAUCAACAUCGUACUCACUUUCACAAAUAUCGAAAAAAACCCGCGCUUGAGAGAAAAGUUGAAGAUAUGCGUGAAUUCAAUUUUGAAACACACUUCAAGUAAAUUGGUUAUUUUUCUCAUCGGCGAUCGUUUCAGCCAAAUUGUGGCAGGAGAAAUCAUCGAUGGUGCUGCUCUUGCUGUCAAUUCCAGGAUCAGGUAUCAAUUGAUAUCUGUCGAUAUUGAAAGUCUCACUCGGACGCUUAGUGGAAUUUUGGGAAACAUCCGAUCUCAUUUCAUUUCUAAACCAGGUGAUUAUUACAGCGAUGAUCUUUUUUUCGUCUCAAUGGCCAUGCAUCAAGUGAUGCCCACUCUACUACACAAGGUAAUUAUGAUGGACAUUGACACCAAACUACAGGCGGAUGUGGCCCAACUCUUUGGACACUUUGACCACUUCGCCAAGGACAAUGUCAUUGGGAUUGCUCACGAACUCCAACCAGUCUAUCGGCAUAUUCUUCACCAUUAUCGGAAUGAAAAUCCGGCCACCCAUGUCGGUGAACCACUCCCUGAUGGCUUCCCAGGGUUCAACAGCGGGGUCAUGUUGCUUGACCUCGAUCGUUUACGAGAAUCCACGCUCUACAACUCGCUGCUUCAGCCGGAGGUCAUUAAGAAUUUGACAGAAAAAUACAAGUUCAAAGGACAUCUUGGCGACCAAGAUUUUUACACGCUGGUUGCGUUAGAGCAUCCGCAGCUGUUCUAUGUGCUUCCUUGCACUUGGAAUCGGCAGCUUUGUCAGUGGUGGCGAGACAAAGGCUACGAAAGUAUUUUCGAUAACUAUUAUCGUUGUGAGGGCCACAUCAAUCUUUAUCAUGGCAACUGUGAUACAGUAAUUCCAGAGUAAGAC